UUCACUGUGUGUAUAGAAGCAGGAAGAGCAGAGAGUGUGCAGCACCCUGAGCUCCCAAUGUUUUAUUUCUCAGCUUGAGCACCUUUACAUAGGUCUCUAACCAGUCACCAUACUCAGCUUUCAUAAAAGCCACAUACACAAUAAAUCAGAGUGAACUGGAAACCUGCCUAAACAUAUUUUUUAGCUAUUUUUGAAACUCCCAGCAAGUAUGGGGGGUUUCACAGGCCAAAGUGAAGUAUCUGUAUCACAGGGAAUCCGGAUGAUGUUUUAUGUCCUCCAUCCGAACGAAACCUCCUUUAAAAAUGUAGAGGAUGUACCAGAUUACGUGGAUAAGGCCACCGUUUAUUUCUUGAUUAUGUUGAUACUCGAAAUGAUCAUCAGCUGGGCUUGGAAGGGGCAACCACUUCGUAUUAAUGAUGGACUGACUUCCCUUUCUGCAGGAGUUAUUUCACGUCUGCCAGAUGUUGCAUUUAGAGGAUUUGAGGUGGCCUCUUACAUCUACAUAUGGAACAACUACAGACUGAUUGAGCUGCCUUGGGAUUCUCCGUGGACCUGGUGGUUGACGUUCCUUGGUGUAGACUUUGGAUACUAUUGGUUUCAUCGCUUUGCUCAUGAGGUUAACAUAAUCUGGGCCGGGCAUCAGACCCAUCACAGCUCAGAGGAUUACAAUUUAACCACAGCUUUAAGGCAAUCUUUUAUUCAAAAAUAUUUCUCUUGGAUGUUCUACUGGCCAAUGGCAUUUUGUAUCCCCCCUUCAGUGUUUGCUGUCCACAUUCAGUUCAACCUUCUUUACCAGUUCUGGAUCCACACUGAGUUAAUAAACAAUCUUGGCCCUUUAGAAUGGAUUCUAAAUACUCCAAGUCAUCACAGAGUUCAUCAUGGCAGAAAUCCAUAUUGCAUUGAUUCCAACUAUGGUGGUACUCUUAUCAUUUGGGAUAGGAUGUUUGGAACUUUUGUGCCAGAGAAAGAGAAAGUUUUGUACGGCCUAACACAUCCAAUAAACACAUUUGAACCUUUUCAAGUCCAGAUACAGCACUGUGUCUACAUUUGGAACACUUUCUGGGCGACCCCUGGAUUCUCCAAUAAAUUGUCUGUUAUAUUUAAAGGGCCAGGGUGGGGACCUGGAAAACCUCGACUUGGCCUCCCUGAAGAAAUUCCAAAGAUCACCGGUGAAGAGAAACCUUACAACCCCAAGUCAUCAAUAUAUAUUCAGUGCUAUGCAAUGAUUCAUUUUCUGCUCUUGCUUGCUGUCUAUGUGCAUAUGUUUGAAGCCAAAACGAUAUUAACACCUGUGACACUUCUUGUGAGGACUGGGUACAUUCUGCUAACACUGACAUCUAUUGGUUUCAUUUUUGAAAAGAGACCUAAAGCUUCCCUUUUGGAGACUAUGCGAUGCUUACUUUUCCUCUUCCUUCAAAAAUAUGAUUUUAUGACAACAGACAUUCCAUAUUUGGUAAUAAUAUGUGAGGCCACAUUUUCCUUCUGCACUGCUGCGUGGGGAUUAAAAGCCAUAAAUGAAGCGAUCACCGGGACGAAAAAACUGGAAUAAUUUAGCUAUAGCAUAAACAUAUGCAAUCAUUCUAGCAAAUGUACAAAGUAAAAUGUACCCAGAGCAAAACUGUUUUAUGUUAAUAUGAUUAACCCAAUUCCUUUUUUGCUCUACAGUAGAUACAGGCCAUGGAAUACAACCUUUCAUGUUGAGAUAGUACAUCUCAGUUCAUGUCAUAUGUGAUCUUCAAUAGCAAAUGGUACAACAUUGGAAUGAGAAUGAAGUAUAAUGUAACAUAUGCAUUUGCAAUGUGUAAGAAACAAAAUUUUAAAUAAUAAUACCCCCCCCCAAAUAAAUGGUAUUGUUGCUUUGUUUU